CUGGGCGAGGCCGGCGGCCCAACGACUGGUCAGAAGAUGAAACGAGUUGUAGAGCAGCAAGUUGAUAGUUUUUCUACCACUCGCUAUACUCCGCAAGAACAUAACAGCACGACUUCCAGGAAGAACAACGCGCAGCACACGUCAACGGCACCGGACAACUAUACAAUGCCUCCCAUGUUGGAGCGCGAACUAGAUCGCCAGCAGGAACUACUGCGCCAGCAGCGGGUCAGAGAGAUGAAUGAACAACAAAACCAGCUCCGUCAGAAGCAGGCGGC